CCGGCUUCAGCCCCCUUUCCCCCGGCGAAGAGGGAAAACCCGCCCCGGUUAGCAGCUCCCCCGGGGGCCCCGGCUUUGUGCCUGUCUGUGGCCCCCCGGUCUUUUUUGAUCUCCCGUUAAACCAAGGAGGAGAAUGUGAAAAAAAGGGGGAAAAUGCCCAGGAGGAAGCAGGAGCAGCCCAAGCGCCUCUCUUCACAUGGUACUAGACAGGAAGAAGUGGAAGGUGAGCUCAGUGAAGAAGAACGCUGGUUUGGAAAUUCUUCAGAGACUCCUUCGGAAGCAUCGUAUGGAGAAGUCCAGGAGAACUUUAAGUUGUCUCUUGAGGACAGAAUCCAAGAGCAGUCCACUUCCCCAGAUACUUCUUUGGGAAGUGCAACCCCAAGCAGCAGCACAGUGGAGGUAGGAACCGUUGAAAAUGAAGCUCUAAGAGACACAUUACAGAGCAAAGAGCACCUUUCUCCUGAUGUGCCAUCUCUGUGUGAAGAAGAAUCUCCUGGUCCAAACAAGCCACUGAGUAGUAACCUGAGACGGCUACUGGAGGCGGGCUCCCUCAAGCUGGAUGCUGCUAUCACCGUCAACGGUCAAGUCGAGUCCCCUGUAAAUCUUGGCUCAAAUCUCUCCUUCUCUCCACCUGCUCAUCAUGCCCAACAGCUAAGUGUUCUUGCCAGAAAGCUUGCUGAGAAACAGGAGAUAAGUGACCAAUACAAUGCAAGUAAUCGCUUUAUAUGGAAUCAAGGUAAGUGGUUGCCCAACUCAACCACCACCUGUGGUUUGUCCCCUGAUUCAGCUAUCCUGAAACUGAAAGCCGCAGCCAAUGCUGUUCUGCAGGACAAAUCUCUUUCACGGACUGAAGACACUAUAAGAUUUGAAUCCUUUUCUUCACCUUUUAGUUCUCAGUCUGCCAGCUCCACCUUAGCAGCUUUAUCAAAGAAAGUGAGUGAAAGAAGCAUGACUCCUGGACAGGAGCACCCGCCUCCAGCAAGUUCUUUCCUUUCUCUGGCUUCCAUGACCUCUUCAGCUGCCCUACUCAAGGAGGUUGCUGCAAGGGCUGCAGGCACCCUGUUGGCUGAGAAGAAGAAAUCACUGGUUGCUGAGGAUCCCCUGCAACUUUCAGAGAUGAAGCAAGAGAAAGCAACUCCACCACAGUCUUUGGAAUUAUUGUUACUGCCAGUCCCUAAGGGAAGAGCAUCCAAACCCACUAGUACAGCCUCAGAAGAAGAAGGAGGAAAACCUUUCCAGUGUCCGAUCUGUGGUUUGGUUAUCAAGAGGAAGAGUUACUGGAAACGGCACAUGGUGAUUCAUACAGGUUUAAAAAGUCAUCAGUGUCCGCUCUGUCCAUUUCGCUGUGCACGCAAGGACAAUCUCAAAUCACACAUGAAGGUUCAUCAGCACCAAGACAGGGGUGAGACCUUUCAAUGCCAGCUAUGCCCUUUUACCUCCUCCCGCCACUUCAGCCUGAAACUCCACAUGCGUUGCCAUCAGCAUUUCCUCAGGACAGAAUCCAAAGUGAAGGAGGAAAUACCAGAAACUGAGGUCAAGGGGUCACCACAGCUAAAUAGUGAUUCCUGUCCUGGACCACAGAGGGAAGGAGGUGGACCUGACCUCACGGGAUCAGCAGCUGUGUCUAAAACACCUGAUGUGGCUGGGCAGGCUAGUGGAGGCGUUCCACCUUUACUAGUGAAAGAAGAGCCCAAAGAUGACAAUGGCAUCUCAGCCGCACCGUUUGCUCUUAGCACUGUUGACAGAGCCCCCAGCAACACAAAGCUGAAGGACUCCUCUGACUUUGUGGCCAAUACAGCAUCAGCACUAUUCAGCCAAGACAUCUCUGUCAAGAUGGCAUCAGAUUUUCUCAUGAAGCUGUCAGCUGCAAAUCAAAAAGAGCCCUUGACUCCUAAAUUUAAAGUGAAAGAUGAGCCCAAGGAUGAAGAAGCUGCAAGUUCAGCCUUGUCUCAGUCCAGCUAUGUGUUCGGCCAGGGAUCCGAAGCCUCAGCCCCAAGCGUCCCUGAGGAGAAACUCAAGCCACAGGAAGUGCAAGCAAAUGUGAUGAGGCAGGACAUGUCAGUCAAGGCAGCGUCUGAGCUCCUCAUGAAGCUAUCAGCUGAGAGUUACAAAGAAACCCAGAUGGUAAAGAUAAAAGAAGAACCAAUGGAAGUUGACAUUCAUGACUCGCAGGCUUCAGUGUCACCUGGCCAACCCAGCCAAAAUGUUGGCUACAGCACUUUAUUAGGGCGAGAGAUUAGUGAACAUAUACAGAAGGCACCAGAAGGUCGUGUACUCCCAGAAAGAAAUCUCUUCAGCCAGGAUAUAUCCGUGAAGAUGGCAUCCGAGCUGCUCUUCCAGUUAUCAGAAAAGGUGAGCAAAGAGCACAAUCACAAUAAAGAUAACACCAUCAGAACUACAACCAGCCCUUUCUUUUCUGAGGACGCAUUUAGACAAUCACCGUUCACUUCCAACUCAAAAGAUCUGCUGCCUAAUGAAACAGCUCUUCAUGGAAGGACACCUGCACCAGAAACAGAAAAGCUAGGGCUGGAGGCAGGAAAUGGAUUGCCAUCUUGGAAAUUUAACGACCAGCUCUUUCCUUGCGAUGUGUGUGGAAAAGUGUUUGGCCGACAGCAGACUUUGUCCCGGCAUCUCUCACUGCAUACAGAAGAGAGAAAAUACAAAUGCCACUUGUGCCCCUAUGCUGCUAAGUGCCGUGCUAAUCUGAACCAGCACCUGACCGUCCAUUCUGUGAAGCUGGUGAGUACAGACACUGAGGACAUUGUCAGCGCUGUUACUUCUGAAGGCAGUGAUGGAAAGAAGCACCCUUAUUAUUACAGCUGUCACGUAUGUGGGUUUGAGACAGAGAUGAACGUCCAGUUUGUCAGUCAUAUGUCCCUCCAUGUGGAUAAAGAGCAAUGGAUGUUCUCAAUUUGCUGCACAGCGUGCGAUUUUGUCACCAUGGAAGAGGCAGAUAUGAAGGCUCAUGUCAACAGCAAGCACACAGUUGAAGACAGGAAGACACCCAGUGAAUCUAACAGCCCGUCUUCAUCAUCUUUGUCAGCACUGAGUGAUUCUGCUAACAGCAAAGAAGACACGGAUAUAACCCAAAAAAACAAGGGUUCAAACAACCUGCUAGUCAUUUCCGUAGUGCCUGGAAGUCAGACUUCACUGAACACUGAAGAGAAGUCAGAGAAAGGCUUUGAAUGUGUUUUCUGUAAUUUUGUCUGCAAAACAAAAAACAUGUUUGAGCGCCAUCUGCAAAUCCACCUGAUCACACGGAUGUUCGAGUGUGAUGUGUGCCACAAGUUCAUGAAGACACCUGAACAAUUACUGGAGCACAAGAAAUGCCACACUGUCCCCACCGGUGGGCUCAAGUAAGGAAAGCAAGUGCCCGUUCUGCAUCUACUCCACGAACCGCCCCGCAGCGAUGGAGUGCCACCUGAAGACUCACUAUAAGAUGGAGUACAAGUGUCG